AUGGGUAUCCCAAAAUUCUUUAGAUUUAUUUCGGAAAGGUGGCCCUUGAUAUCGACACCAGUAGUCGAAGGAGGUGCUGAAGGUGGAAGCACGCCUGAAUUCGAUAAUUUAUACCUUGAUAUGAAUUCUAUUCUCCACACUGCUACACACUCCAACGACAGUUCCAUAAACAGAAUGACUGACGAUCAAAUGUAUGCUGCAAUUUUCACGUACAUUGAGCAUUUGUUUCAAAUAAUUAAACCUCAAAAGACAUUUUAUAUGGCUAUCGAUGGUGUUGCACCAAGAGCUAAGAUGAAUCAACAAAGAGCUAGAAGAUUUAGAACUGCAAUUGAGGCCGAAGAAAACUUAGCUAAGGCCAUUCAACAGGGCCAAGAAAUCCCCAAGGAGGAUCCAUUUGACUCCAAUGCUAUCACUCCAGGGACUGAGUUCAUGGCAAAAUUGACCGACAACUUGAAGUACUUUAUUCAUAAAAAGAUCUCCGAAGACAAAUCCUGGAAUGGUGUACAGAUCAUCUUAUCAGGACAUGAAGUCCCAGGUGAAGGUGAACAUAAGAUUAUGGAUUUCAUAAGAACAAUGAAAUCUCAAAAUAAUUACAAUCCAAACACAAGACACUGUAUAUACGGGUUAGAUGCUGAUUUAAUUAUGUUGGGUUUAGUAAGUCACGACCCACAUUUUGCACUUUUAAGAGAGGAAGUUACCUUUGGACCAAAAAGACAGACUGGAUCGCAGUCCGGGUCAGUAUCUGACCAAAAGUUUUUCCUUUUGCACUUGUCAUUGCUUAGGGAAUACUUGGAACUAGAAUUCCAAGAUUUAGAAAACGAAUUGAAUUUUGAAUUUGAUUUCGAAAAAGUUUUGGAUGAUUUUAUUUUAAUUAUGUACGUCAUUGGGAAUGAUUUCUUACCUAACUUACCAGAUUUAUUCAUAAACAAGGGUGCUUUCCCACUUUUGAUUGAGACCUUCAAACAAUACUUAAAGGCAAGUGAUGGCUACUUGAAUGAGGAAGGUACCAUAAAUUUGAAAAGGUUAAGCGUAUGGUUGACUUAUUUAAGUGAGUUUGAAUUGGAAAAUUUCGAAAAGGCCGACGUUGAUGUCGAAUGGUUUAACAAAAAAUUAGAAGACAUUUCCAUUACUGGUGAAAAGAAGAGAGAAAGAUUUGGUAAGCUUUUGAUCUUGAAAGAUCAAAAAAAACUAAUUGGAUUCAUCAAAAACUGGUUAUUAGAACAAGUGAAUAGACCAAUAACUUCAUUAUUAGAGGAAGUAGAGAGCAAUGGAGGCGAAUUGAAGGGUUUGAAAUUACCUUCAAAUAAUGGAGAACUUGUCAAGAACUUAGCAUUUUUGCGUCAAUUUGCAUUGGAAGUUGGACUUAUUAUUGUUCAUUCUCAGUCUAAGGAUACUUACGAAGCCAGAUUAGAUAUCGAUGGGGUUUCUCCUUAUGAAACCGAAGAAGAAUUUAACAAUAGAAUUGCCGAAACUAGAAAGGUAAUCAAGAAAUAUCAAUCAGCCAAUCUUAUCGAAACCGAGGAGGUAUUAGCUGAACUGAAAAAUAUUUAUGAUGCUAAGUUUAUGGCAUGGAAAGAUAAAUAUUAUAAGGAAAAACUUCAUUUCCUGAUCAAGGAUGAAGAUAAGAUGGUUGAGUUCACCAAACAUUAUUUGGAAGGUUUACAAUGGGUAUUGUAUUAUUAUUAUAAAGGAUGUCCUUCUUGGAAUUGGUAUUAUAAAUUCCACUACUCACCUAGAAUUUCUGACAUUGCCAUCGGAUUAAAUUACAUGUUAGAGCACCAAGAGCUGAUCAACUUUGAGUUAAGUCACCCAUUCAAGCCUUUCGAACAAUUAAUGGCUGUGUUACCAGCUAGAUCAAGAAAUUUAAUGCCGUUAGUCUAUAGACCACUUAUGACCGAACCACAAUCUCCAAUUAUAGAUUUUUAUCCAAAUGAAGUUGAUAUAGACAUGAACGGUAAGACCGCAAGUUGGGAAGCUGUCGUCUUGUUAAGUUUCGUUGACGAGAAGAGAUUGAUUGAAACUUUAAAACCUGUUGAACAAAAAUUAGAAGCGUUUGAGACCAAGAGAAAUUCAUUCGGUAAAGAUAUACUUUUCAUGCUCAAUCCACAAGUAGAUUAUGUAUAUCCAAGUCCGUUACCUGGAUUUUUCCAUGAUUUAGAGCAUGAUAAAUGUAUUGAAGAAACCUUUAUUUUACCUGCAAGGGGUGAAAACCUGCUGGGUACCUUACCAACAGGAGUUUUGUUAGGUAAAGAGGCAUUGGCUGGUUUCCCAACUCUUCAUACUUUAGACUUUGACUACAAAUUAAGGUUAAACGAAACCUUGGUUUUCCAACAACCAUCUAGAUCAGAAUCUAUGGUUUUAAGCGUUCAAAACAGGUACACAGAUUUAACUGUCGAACAAUUUAGUAGAAAGCAAUUGGAUAGAUUGGUCUAUGCAAAGUGGCCAUUUUUAGCUGAACUGAAAGUUAUCAGUGUUAGCGAUGGAGAAUUCAAGUGGGAGAUUAUUAAAACGCAAGGAAAUAAAAAGGUAACCGCGACUCCGUUGGAUGUUGAUGAGCUUAAGCAAUUCAAUCAAACCAGAAAUAGCAUUAAGUCUUCUUAUUUAAAGACAAAAGGUGUUAAUGUUGGAAAUAUUGAGGCUUUAGUCACUUUAAAACCUGUUUCUGGAUUGUUCCGUAAUUCAAAUGGUGCCAAGGUUAAAACAUUUUCCAAGGAUACAAUUACGGUUCCUUUACAAUUGAUUAUCGAGGAUGUCGUUAACAAAGAUCCAAGAUUUAUUGCAAGAGCACCUUUACCAAUUGAAGAAGAAUUUCCAUUAGAUUCUCAGGUUGUUUUCCUUGGUGCGUUUGCCUACGGUACUCCAGCCACAGCAGUUGGAUUUACUGGCCAAGACAAAUUAAAUGUGAAGAUUUCCAAAAUUCAAGCUACAAGUGAACCAAAUAUCGGUAAAGAAAGGUACUACGUUGAGAGUAGAGAGAUAGUGUAUCUCCCAUCUUUUGAAGUUUCCAAAAGAUUGAAAUUAAAUCCAUUGUUACUUUCUAAAUUAACAUCUACAUUUACUAUUGAAGAUAAGGGUGGUAAGAGAAUGAACAUUGGCCUAGAAUUGAAAUUUGAGGGAAGAAAGCAAAAGGUUUUGGGAUUCACUAGAAAACAAAAUGUGAACUCUAAGAUUUGGGAAUUCAGUCCAUUGGCCAUUAAAUUAAUUAACGAUUAUAGGACUAAAUUUAGCUCUGUCUUUCAAAAACUUAUUCAAUUGAAAGACUUUAAAGCAAUUCCUAAAUGGACUGAGCUUUUCAAAUCCGAAGAGGAGUUGACUGAACUUCGUAAAUGGUUAAAGGAAUUAAGAAGUCAGUUGAUUACGGUCUCGUUAGAACUGGACUCAUUGACCAAAUUUUCAGUUGAAGCUAUUGAAAACUAUAUGAUUUCGUAUGCUCAGCAACCUUUGCAGUUCAGUAACAAGGAUAUUAGAGGAGUUCCAAGAGAUGCAGUGAUUAACCCUAGUGAAUCUUAUCAAUUAUUGAGUACCCAAAGGUUUGAGUUAGGAGAUAGAGUCAUCUAUGUUCAAGCUUCGGGUAAGGUACCUUACUUGAGUAAAGGUACCGUUGUUGGAAUCACCAGCUUUGGUACCAAAGUUAGUUUACUGGUAGUUUUUGAUUUACCAUUGUUGAGUGGUAACACUAUGAAUGGUAGAUUGAAGACCACUAGAGGUAUGGUAGUUGACUCUAGCUUGGUAUUGAAUAUUACCUUGAAGCAAUUGGUUUACCAUAGUAAGGCCUCUAAAGACAAGCCCCAACAAAGACCCCAGCAAAGGAAACCACAGGCUGUUAAAAAGGCUACCAACACUGAAAAGGCUGCCAACAAGGGUGCUGCUCAACCAGCGGCUAUCGUGUCAGGUGCCGUUGAAAAUGUUAAACAGGAGAAGAAGGCUUCUAAUGAGUUAUUAAGUUUAUUAAAGGGAGGUAAAGGUGCAGAUGAAAAUGCUUCACCUGUCGAUGACGACUUACCAAGAAAUCCAAAUGCAAUCAAACAAAUUUAUGGCCAAAUUUAUUCCAAUGUGAUGAGUGAAGGAUAUCAACAGGCACCACCACCUCAAUUUAUGCAGCCUCCGCCCCAAUUUGCUCCACAGUUCCAAGGAGCUCCACAGCAAGCACCAUCUCAAUACCAAGUAAGUGAAAACGCUCCAAAGAAAAACGGAUCUGAAACAAAUGGUAGAGGAGGACAUUCCGGUAGAGGAAGAGGACGCGGAGGUAAUUUCAGAGGAAGAGGACGUGGCAGAGGAAAGCCUACUUCAGAAUAG